GAGCUCGGCCCGGUGGCGCGGGGGGAGGCGGCGGCGGGGCUGCUGAGCGAGGCGAGGGCGGCCUCCCCCUCCCGGCCGGAGGCAGGGCGGCGACGGGGACGAGGCGGAGCGGCGGGGAAGGCAAGCCGGCAGCCGGAGCGGGCGUGUGAGCCCCAUGGGCCGAGCGCCUGCGAGAGGGGGAGGAGGAGCCGCCCCGCCGCCCGCCGCCCGGGGAUGGUGAGGAGGCGGCGGCUGCCGGGAGCCCAGUGAGGCCUUCGCUCGGCACCCGCCGGAGAGCCCGCCUCGCCAGCCUCCCCUUUCCCCCUGCUUGCUCGCUGGCUCGCUCCCCCCUUCCCUCCCCUUCCCCUGCCUCCCUCCCCGGCUCCCUUCCCCUGCCGCUGCCACCCUCCCAUCACCUCCUCCCAGGCUCCAGCCAUAAAUAGCUGAGGAGGAGAAAAACAGAAAAGAAACCUCCGUCCCUUUUGUGGAGCCUUCUGCAGGAGUUCAGGAAUUUCAACAGAGUGAACUUUUGGCAUAAACUGGUUUUUCAAGAGACAUUCCUGCCAUUAUGAAUGAAGUAGCAAUAGUGAAGGAAGGGUGGCUUCACAAACGAGGAGAAUACAUAAAAACAUGGAGGCCGCGGUACUUUCUUCUAAAGAACGAUGGCACGUUCAUUGGCUACAAGGAGCGACCGCAGGAUGUUGACCAGCGGGAAUCACCUUUAAAUAACUUCUCAGUAGCUCAGUGCCAGCUGAUGAAGACAGAACGACCUAAACCAAACACAUUUAUCAUUAGAUGCCUCCAGUGGACCACAGUAAUUGAAAGAACAUUUCAUGUGGAGACUCCAGAGGAGCGGGAAGAAUGGACAAAAGCCAUCCAAACAGUAGCAGAUAGCCUCAAGAAACAAGAGGAAGAGAUGAUGGAUUUUAGAUCUGGCUCUCCCAGUGAUAAUUCCGGUGCUGAAGAAAUGGAAGUUUCUAUGACAAAGCCAAAACACAAAGUGACCAUGAAUGAGUUUGAAUACCUUAAACUACUGGGAAAAGGCACUUUUGGAAAGGUCAUUUUAGUUAAAGAAAAAGCAACUGGACGGUAUUAUGCUAUGAAAAUUCUGAAGAAGGAAGUUAUUGUAGCAAAGGAUGAAGUAGCGCACACGCUGACAGAAAACCGUGUUUUACAGAACUCGCGGCAUCCAUUCUUAACAGCUUUAAAGUAUUCCUUCCAGACACAUGAUCGCUUGUGUUUUGUCAUGGAGUAUGCUAAUGGAGGGGAGUUGUUUUUCCAUCUGUCAAGAGAGCGUGUCUUUUCUGAAGACCGGGCUCGGUUUUAUGGAGCUGAGAUUGUUUCAGCACUGGAUUACCUGCAUUCAGAGAAGAAUGUGGUUUAUAGAGAUUUGAAGUUGGAAAAUCUUAUGCUGGAUAAAGAUGGACACAUAAAAAUAACAGACUUUGGACUAUGUAAAGAAGGCAUCAAGGAUGGAGCAACGAUGAAGACUUUCUGUGGCACUCCAGAGUAUCUUGCACCAGAGGUGCUGGAAGAUAAUGACUAUGGUCGUGCAGUGGACUGGUGGGGUUUAGGAGUUGUGAUGUAUGAAAUGAUGUGUGGCCGGCUCCCUUUCUACAAUCAGGACCACGAAAAGCUCUUUGAACUCAUCCUUAUGGAGGAGAUUAGAUUUCCACGCACUUUGUCACCUGAAGCAAAAUCUCUUUUGUCAGGUUUGCUGAAGAAAGAUCCUAAGCAAAGGUUAGGUGGCGGUCCUGAUGAUGCCAAGGAGAUUAUGCAGCACAAAUUCUUUGCUGGCAUUGUUUGGCAAGAUGUAUAUGAGAAAAAGCUUGUACCUCCAUUUAAGCCACAAGUUACAUCUGAAACAGAUACAAGAUACUUUGAUGAAGAAUUUACAGCACAAAUGAUAACAAUCACUCCUCCUGACCAAGAUGACAGCAUGGAUUGUGUAGAUAACGAGAGAAGACCUCAUUUUCCUCAGUUCUCCUAUUCAGCCAGUGGAACCGCUUAAUGUUUUGCAAUGUUUUCCCAUUCAGAAACAAAACAGACUGCAUUUUGGGGACCUUACUUCAAUGGACACUAGAGAACUUUCUAUAUUAUCCGAAUUACAAACUGUGUUUGUAUUACGAUUUAGAUGAAUUUGUAGGAAGCCUCACAGAUUCUGUAUUUAAAACAAUUCUUUGAUGCAUUUUUUGAGAAGGAAAACAAAUCCAUUCUUAAAGUAUUAUGUCAAGGCUUUUAUGCUGAAUGACUAUAGGUUUUUAAGAAUAUACACCAAAACUGUUUACUUUAGAAAUGAUUAAGGUAUUCAACAUAUCAGCAACUCUGACCAGAAAAUCCCCUUACUUUAUUUAUUUCAUACAGUUCAUUAUCUAAAUAUAGAAUCUGCACUCUGAACAAUUAGAUUUAUAUAGGAAGAUAUAAGACUUUAGUAGCUAGUGCAAUAAUAUAAGCAACAAAGUGAACAAACUCUGGAGGGUUAAGGUUCAAACUCAUUUUGGACAGCAGUGAAAUGUCAUCCAACUCCAGAAAACCAACUUUAGGAACAGCAUUAAUGGCCUCAGUGAGGUAAAUCAAAAAGCAAGAGUUAUUUUUGUUAUAACAUCUGCUACAAGACAUUACAUAUCAAACUGAAUCCAGUGGAAUUGCCACGUAGUACAGCUGAGUAUUCCAUUCUAGACACUGCGCUUAUUCCAUUUGCAUAGUGUUUAGGAAUACUGUGUAGGAUUGGCUUCUCAGAGCCUUGAAAACACUUGAUUUACCAACGUAAUAUGAAAUGCAACAACGCAAAAUCACCCCCUUUCACCACUGUAUAAAAAUGCCACCCAGGUCUCAGUGAGAAAUCAUCUUAACAAGUGAGUCAGCCAGACAAAAGGACAUUUUGGCACUGAAGUAAUGACUUGUUGCCGCCUUUUUUUUUUUUUUUAAUGAAAAGAUAUAUGAAUAUAUAUAAACACUUAAUGAUUUUUUGCAUCAUGCCAGAUCAUUUCUUCUUUCUUGAGUGUGCAUUAAAGGUAUCAGCCAACAGUUCAUGGUGCCUUCUCACUCUUGAAGAUUCACUUUAACAGUGUUUCCCAUGUAUAAGAAAAAAACUAGGUUGAAACUUCAUAUGUGUUUGAAUAAUAAUGGUGUUCAAAAAGUGACUUUUUUUUUGUUUGUUUUUCAUUUUUAAUCUUAGUGGAAAAUUCCCCACACCCUAUUUUUGUUGUAUCAUGUUUCUUUAUAAUUUUCAUAAAAGCAGUCUUACUCUGUCUCUGCUGCAAAUGAAUUUAUUCCAUUGUA